GUGAAUAACGCAGCGUCAGUAGGGAAAUAAAUAUUUAAUUUGUAUUUAUAUUGUGCUUAUGUGGGUAUUCUAAAGGUUUUAGCGGAUUAUGCACGGGUUGAUUGGCAUGCUACAUCUAGUCCACUCGCGUGCUCCCAUGAAAAUAGUGUGAAAUUCUCAUUGACAAGAUUGUUCUGUUUAUGAAUAGAAAGAGCGAACAACAGUUCUAGUGAACAGGUGGAAUAAGAUCUCUUAGUGAGGCCAUAACGAUGAUGAGUUUAUUAAGACCACGUAUUAAAUAACUAUAGAGAUGUUCUCCAAUUCGGCUAACUGUUCGAGCUGUGCUUCAAUUUCAAAGGAUAUUGGAUGUUUUUGUUGGAUUUGCGGGAAUAUAAUAGCACGCAUCUCAUUAAAUAUCUGUAUGAGAGUGGAUUAUUUUCGACUCAUCCAUACCAUAUAUACAAGGCGCGCACAGUUAAUUAACGACCUCAUUCGGAACCAACAUGAGGUCGUUACUUCGCUGUUAUCAGAAAGACGAGUUUCGACCGCAGCGAGGAAGAUCGCAACGCAACUUCGACAACAGAACGAACACCUUAGUUCAGAAUGCACAAGCAUAUCAGAGGAAUAUAAGGCGGCUCUCGAGAAGCUAUCACCGCUUGAAACGCGGGUAACCGAGUUGGAGAACGAAGUUUCGGUUAAAUGUACUGAACUUGAAAAAAUGCGACAAGACUUGAGUCUAGCUCAUCUCUCAGGGAACGGCGCUGUAACUUCCGCUCAGAAGUCCGAUACCCUUGAACAAGAGAAACAAAUCAGGGAGCUUGAAGAUAAAUUACGGGAGCAAAAGGCUAAAGGUUUGUUAGCUUCGUAAUUAAAAUUUUUUUUUUUGUUCUUUUGAAUGACUCUCGCUAAAUUUCGAGCCUAAGCGUUUCCUAUUGCUAACAGAAAGACAUAGAAAACAUGCCUCCACAGAUUAAUUAAAUUGAAUUAACCACAGGGUUAGUUCACUUAUCGCAGGUUGUGGCGCUAUCGAUCCGUAAUUUACUAAGUAUGCAAAGCAAUAAUAAUAAGUUAAAGAUAAUUGUUACUACUACGCACAGCAAAAGAAACAGGUUAGGUUAGCGUCUGGCUGAAGCAGCAAAGCAUUGCGUAUUUAUACUGUAAUUGUACUUCUCGCUCUUUUCUUUAUCAUCAGUUAGUCAUAUUAUCUGUAGCACUUGACGCAGCCGACGAUAGCGUAACUAGCCUACCGAGUGGGCGUUGAAGAAAAAACUUACUGAUAUGCGUUUAACUACUGAUGUAAUUGAGUCUAAUCGCGUCGUUUCGUUAUCAGACACAUUUCUUGAACAACCCAACGGACGCCAAUAUCUUCUGUUUAAGUAGUUUUUUUAUUCGUCUUUUUACAAGCCGCGUUUAUCUUGUAACAUAAUAAAUUAAAAUAACUAAAUACUUGUCUUAUUACGGUACAUUUAAGUAUUGGAAGUUUGUAAUGAAUUUGUUCUACUAGUAGUUUCUAUAAGUUAAAGCAUAGAUGAAUGGAGCUCCCAAAUUGAGCGUACUUAGACAUGUUACAACCAUGACCAUUUCAUGUC